UUGGCGUCUACACCCAGAUCCGUCAGACACAGUGAGAGAUUAGCUUUCGAAGCAGUGGCUUGGGGUGUGUGCCUCAGUGCCUGGUGGUCCAAAUGGACUCGUUCCCCAGGCUUCGUGGGUUCCAUCUCUCAGUACUGCUGCUGCUCAUAGCCCCUCUGCUGAAGGCUGCCUCUUUGGAAAGCUGCUCUGCGUACAGAGAAUGUUGUGUUCCUGAGCCUCUGAUUAAAAUGGAGGAGAAUAACCUACCAGGAGAAGUCAUCAGUAAUAUCACAAUAACGAAACAGCCCGUCUCCAUCUUGCCACAGAGCGUCGCUGAUAUAGUUCGUGUGGAUGGAGACACAUUGCAGUUAUCAAGAACUCUGGACUUCGAGGCGAUGCAAGACCCAGUGAUCAUCAUCUCACUGCUGUGUGGCCCAGACAAGAGCAAGCUCUCUUUCUAUCUGGAGGUGACGAACGUCAAUGACAACACACCGACAUUCCCCAAGAACAAGCUGGAUGCAAACAUCAGUGAGCUGUUCCCCGUGGGUCAGUCCUGGAAAUAUGUGACAGCCAUCGAUUUGGACCAGGACCCUAUCUUCUACAGCCUGGACAACAACACAGACGGCGCAAAUUUCUUCCUCCUGAAGUCAGAGAACUCGCCUCUGAUCUACUUAGCAAAAGCCUUGGACUAUGAGAAGGAAACGAUGCUGACACUGAUUCUGAAUGCCAAGGAAACGGCCAACAGCGUAAACAUCAGUGAUUCCGUGACCAUUACAGUCCAUGUCAUCGACAAGGAUAACAAACCGCCAGUGUUUCAGCCAUGCCAAACCCUGACGGAUUCCAGCCUCUGCCUGAACGCAAAGUACAGCGGAAGCAUCAACCAGUACCAGACAGAGAGCAGCCCUCUGAGCCUCAAGCCACACAAUAUCCUGGCUGUGGACGGGGACACAGGAAUCAAUGCCACCAUCCUGUACCAGAUUGUCAGCGAUAACCACCGCGCCUUCUGGAUCAAUGCGAAUGAUGGCACGUUAACCAUGACCAGAGCUAUCAACAGCAGCGGACUGGUCACACUCACCAUCCUGGCCAAGCAGGCGGACAACCCCUACAAAUACACCACGACCAGCGUCACCCUGGCAGUGUUGCCCGUCAACCGAUACCCACCCGAGUUUCCACACAAUGUGUACUCUGGGUCCAUCCAAGCCAACUCACCGAAGGGGAGCAUCAUCACUAAGCGAGGAUCCAGCACCGUGCCACUCAGCGUGAAGGCUCAGGACCAGGACUAUCCCAAUAAGGAAAGCCCAUUCCUGAAAUACUCCCUCAGCCCAUCUGAUCUGUUCACCAUCACUGAAUUUGGACUGAUCUUCACCAAAGUCCUCCUGACAGCAGCGCAGAGCCAGUACAACAUCACGGUGACUGCAAUGGACGUAGCCCAGGGAGACAAAUGUUCGGCCAUGAUUGACUUGCUGGUGUCCAGUCCUGAUGCUCCACCCUCCGUGAAGACAACAACAGCUCUGGGAACCGGACCAUCGGAACCAGUGACCCACACGGCCAGGACUGUGUCAGCUCACACGUCCAAGAACCCAUCCAGGACCCCUGGAACAACAGACGGACAGUCCCCUGGACCCCAACCAACAUCAACCAAACCUCCGGUCAUUGGGACAACACCAAAUCUGGGCACCUCAGGAGCUGGGCCAUCUUCGUCCAAACACCCUGACCCCGGACCAGGAGUAACAACUCCACCCUCCGUGAAGACAACAACAGCUCUGGGAACCGGACCAUCGGAACCAGUGACCCACACGGCCAGGACUGUGUCAGCUCACACGUCCAAGAACCCAUCCAGGACCCCUGGAACAACAGACGGACAGUCCCCUGGACCCCAACCAACAUCAACCAAACCUCCGGUCAUUGGGACAACACCAAAUCUGGGCACCUCAGGAGCUGGGCCAUCUUCGUCCAAACACCCUGACCCCGGACCAGGAGUAACAACUCCACCCUCCGUGAAGACAACAACAGCUCUGGGAACCGGACCAUCGGAACCAGUGACCCACACGGCCAGGACUGUGUCAGCUCACACGUCCAAGAACCCAUCCAGGACCCCUGGAACAACAGACGGACAGUCCCCUGGACCCCAACCAACAUCAACCAAACCUCCGGUCAUUGGGACAACACCAAAUCUGGGCACCUCAGGAGCUGGGCCAUCUUCGUCCAAACACCCUGACCCCGGACCAGGAGUAACAACUCCACCCUCCGUGAAGACAACAACAGCUCUGGGAACCGGACCAUCGGAACCAGUGACCCACACGGCCAGGACUGUGUCAGCUCACACGUCCAAGAACCCAUCCAGGACCCCUGGAACAACAGACGGACAGUCCCCUGGACCCCAACCAACAUCAACCAAACCUCCGGUCAUUGGGACAACACCAAAUCUGGGCACCUCAGGAGCUGGGCCAUCUUCGUCCAAACACCCUGACCCCGGACCAGGAGUAACAACUCCACCCUCCGUGAAGACAACAACAGCUCUGGGAACCGGACCAUCGGAACCAGUGACCCACACGGCCAGGACUGUGUCAGCUCACACGUCCAAGAACCCAUCCAGGACCCCUGGAACAACAGACGGACAGUCCCCUGGACCCCAACCGACAUCAACCAAACCUCCGGUCAUUGGGACAACACCAAAUCUGGGCACCUCAGGAGCUGGGCCAUCUUCGUCCAAACACCCUGACCCCGGACCAGGAGUAACAACUCCACCGUCCAUGAAAACAACAACAGCUCUGGGAACCGAACCAUCGGAACCAGUGACUCACACGGCCAGGACUGUGUCAGCUCACACGUCCAAGGACCCACCCAGGAGCCCUGGAACAGACGGACAGUCCCCUGGACCCCAACCUACAUCAACCAAACACCCUGACUCCGGACCAGGAGUAACAAACAACCAGGCGCACCAGCGGUUGCUGUAUGACGCCAAACACAUGGUGGCAGUCGGCGUCCCUCUCUCCCUCCUUCUACUGAUCUGUAUCAUUAUGAUCGGAAUUCUCCUCCAGGACGGCGGAUGGGCAAAGCUCAAGCGGAGGACUGCAGCACAGUUAAAGUGUUUUUCCAGACAGUCGCACUCAUCAGAGAGUGACUCAGUGCAGCUCACAAACCAGGACUUCCUGGUGAAAGAAACGUUGAAAUCGUCCCUGAAGACGGAGCAGUUACCACAGCAGAGCGCGCCCAUGGUCACGGCCAGGGCUCUAGACUCUAUCUUGGAACCAGCCGUGGACAGCAACCCGGGGAAGUUGGGAGCGAUUGCGAACAGCAGUAGUCCCGGGCAUGACUCUGCUCAGAACUCACUGGAGGAGGUCACGACGGAAGGCGAGAUGAAGUCCAUCCUCACCAAAGAGAGGAAGACCGCAGAGGGCUAUAAGGCCGUCUGGUUCAAAGAGGACAUCGAGCCGCAGGCCAACGAGGAGCGAGUGAUCGAGAGCCCAGAGGAUGACAAGGAAGGAGUGGAUGGUUCCGACAAUGAUGAUGAUGCCAACAAUGAUGAUGAUGGCUUAUACUCCAAUCUGUGAUGGAAUCAAAAUCAGGUUGAAUAUCGUUGGGACAUGCCAUGAAGUUUGUUGUUUUGUGGCAGUAGUACAUUGCAAAACAUAAAAAACUAUAAAUUAUAAUAAUGCAAUAUAGAUCAAAAAUUAAUUAGUGGAAAAAGAGGGAAAUAAUGAGGGGCUCAUGGGUUCAUUGUCAUUUCAGAAAUCUGAUCGUAGUGGGGAGAAAAUGUUCCUGAAUCACUGAGUGUGUCCCUUCAGGUUCCUGCAGCUGCUCCCCGAUGAAAAGGGGGUCUGUCCUGUGUGAGGGGGUCCUUAGUGAUGGACGCUGCCUUUCUGAGGCAUCGCCUUUUGCAGGUGUCCUGGAUACUGGGGACGUUGCUGCCCAUGAUGGAGCAGGCUGAGCUUACAGCUUCCUGCAGCUUUUCCUGAUCCAGUGCCUUUCGACAUCAGAUGGUGAUGCAGUAGACGUGGUCAGCCCAGGGUCUAACCCAAAGACAUGGGGCACGGACACAGUGCUCACACACAGACAUACACAUUCUGGGCACUGCACUCUGUAAUGGGCCCCCACUGAUCUCCUAACUCACACUCCCCUGGUGAUCCAUCUCACAGAUUCUCCAACAAUAAUGAUUAUGCUUUUGAAAUUCAAAAAAAAAGACCUGAAAUAUUCCAUAGGUGUCAAAAAUUUAACUGACCAAUAGCUUAAUAAACUCCGCUGAUUCAAACCUGUUUUAGACUAAUCCCACUGCCCUGUCCUCUCCGCACAGCCCUGUGUCAGUCCCCACACUAAUCCCACUGCCCCGUCUCUCCCCACAGCCCUCUGUCAGUCUCACACUAAUCCCACUGUCCCACUCUCUCCUCACAGCCGUGUCUGUCCCCACACUAAUCCCACUGUCCCACUCUCUCCCCACAGCCCUGUGUCAGUCUCCACACUAAUCCCACUGUCCUGUCUCCCCACAGCCCUGUGCAGUCCCCACACUAAUCCCACUGUCCCACUCUCCCCACAGUCCUGUGUCAGUCCCCACACUAAUCCCACUGUCCCACUCUCUCCCCACAGCCCUGUUUCAGUCCCACACUAAUCCCACUGUCCCACUCUCUCCCCACAACCCUGUCAGUCCCCACACUAAUCCCACUGUCCCGUCUCUCCCCACAGUCCUGUGUCAGUCCCCACACUAAUCCCAGAAGAUAGUGAAUCUGUGUAAUAAAUUGCCACAGCUGGUUGUGGAGGCAAUGUUAUUGGAUAUAUUUAAAGCAGAAAUUAAUGUGUUCUUGAUUAGUAAGGGCAUCAAAGGUUUGGGGAGAAGGCAGGAGGAUGGGGUUGAGGGAGAAAAUAAAUCAGCCAUGAUGGAAUGAUGGAGAA